AUGACGUAAAUUUACAAUUAGUGCUUAUAUAUCCUUAGGGAUCUCCCUUGUCUCUCCCUGGCUCUCCCUCGUUUUACACGGUUCCACUUGCUUCUCCAGUUCUCUCUUUCGUCAUUUCCAACGAUUACGUCUCUCCCCUUCGUCGAAUGGCAGUGGAGGACCACGAUCCUCGGCCAAACCCUAUUAAAACGUCGUUUAUCUUCUCUAUACACCGUGGCGACAUGAAGAGUCUACGACGCGUAUGUGCGAAUGUCUGCUCGACCGGUGCACGUUUCAUCGUAAAUCCAGCUGGAAAUAGAGCGUGGAAAAAAAAGCAUCGAGACAGUUACUGCACAGAGAACAGAACACGAUGAUGGAACGACGCGAAUUACAAGUACGACACGGUGAAACGAGCAAUUUGCUCUCUCGAUGCUUGGACUUCCUCCACAAGGACAUGAAGCAACGACAUCGACUGUUUCACCAUUUUAUUCAUUUUCUCACCUCGUUCGCGAGCUAUUAAUGUGAAACGAAGCUUUUACAUAGACACUUGUCAUAUCAUCAGAUCUGUUAUCAAAUUUUAUUUUAUUUCUUCACUUUGUUGGAAUUGCUACCAUUUUGUUAGAGUACGAGACAAAUCUACGCUUACGCGAAUUUGUAAUACAUUACUGUGUGGAAUAGAUCUGUUGGAGAAUUGCUUGAUUCGUUAUGAAAUUUCUUUAUUGAUUCGUUUUACUCGUUUCCUCCAGCUCGUUGAAGCUGUUACGUUCGUGCUAGAGUAUGAAACGAAAUUUUCGCGAAAAUUUAUAAUAUUGUUAAUGUUAUUAUAUACUGCUUGACGUAUUACAAAAUUUAUUAGGGAUUUUAUUUUAUUAUUGAUUUUGGAAGAGAUAAUAUAGCUUCAUAUGUAAUUGAUACUAGCAGUAAAUAUUAUAAAUUAAAAAAUGUGUAAAUUACCAUUCGACAUAAAACAAGUUGGCAAUGGAAAUGACUUUGCAACAUAAAUUUCAUUUAAUGACUAUUCUGUGCGUUCAUCUUCCACGUACAGAGGUUCAUGAAAGCAUUUGAAUAUUAACUAUAGAAAACGUUUAACCAUAAAAAUUUCAUUAACAUCCUAACGAGAAGCUGUGACAUAUAUUUGUUUAAAAGCUGCAAAAGAAACAUAUUUCACAGAGGUCACACAAAUAUUUAAACAGCCAAUUGUCUGUCAUAUUAAUCUCAAUGAAACCAUUUUUCUUAUUAUACGUUCAGAUGAUCGUUCACGUUAUGUAUCAAUUUUUCAUCAAUACGUUGACAAUAAAUAUCUUGUUUGAUCGAUUUAUAUCUAAUUAAUAUGUCACAUUAUAGUGCUAAUAUAGUGGGCAUAAAAAUUCAGUAUUAAACGUUCAAAUACUAUCGUGAGCACAGUGUGUGCCUGAAAAUGUGACAUUGAACGAAGCAAAUGAUAACUAUUAUAUAUAUUUAAUAUCUAUCGGUUCUUAUUGUUCCAGUAAAACUGUAAAUUACGUCCCGUGAUGAUAAUAAUUAACGUAGUAUCUUGGACGAGACGAGUCGUCCUCGAUCGGUCGGUAAAUAGGAAUCUCGGCCAGUCGAGGUUGAAAGUAAAAGGACGCCUUGCCGUGAAUAUUAAUGAAGUAAAAGUGUAAUUCUGUGACGCGUUAGAAAGUAACGUUAUUUGGGACGUGUGUAUGUUACUUUGACAAUGUUUUCUAAAAAUCAAGCAUUGGCUUGUUAACUGAAAGAGACGAAUUAUCUUGGUAGAUAGACUUCCAACGUUUCACAAAUAAUUUCGCGAAAUUUCAUUUUAAUGUAUAUUUACUUCGAAUUUACUCUCAAAUGAGAUGCACACAAUCGUUGUAUUUUGUUUUUUUUUCUUUUUUUAAUUUAUGGUCGAAAUUUAAUCUACUUAAAUUUAAUCGAGAUAUCAAGACAUUCAAAAUUAUAAAAUAAAUAAGUCAAUUGUGAAAUAUGCACAAUUUAUUUCUCUUUCGAUUUAUACGAGUUUCAAUAAUCUUGUAAUAUCGUAUAACAUUUUAUAAGUUGUCAAGGUAAACAGGUAUAAAUUUGUUAAUGAUAAUGAAUUUAUUAUUCUCCAAUGAAGAGACUUUUUUGAGAUCAUUCAGCCAUUUUUAAAUCAUCUUGAAACGUUCGAUUAUUGUACAAUUUCUUUAAAACACUCAACGAAUAGUAUAUCAAUAAUAAGUAAAUGGAAAUAUAUUUUUAUAAUAACAAAAGAAAUAUAUCUUUUUCUUUUAAUUAUUUGAAAACGUUCAACGAACAAGUUUUCUUUGCAUAUAGAAAUAUACACUUUAUAUUUGUGUAUGAGAAAUAUAAUUUUGUAAACAUAGAAAUAUACUUUCAUACUAACGAAAGAAUUCUAUAUAUAUAUAUAUAUAUAUAUAUAUAUAUAUAUAUAUUUUACUAACGUAAAAUUUGUCUGUUUCAGGGCUGAGUCUGGACAACAGUAACAUGUCCAUGUCCUCGGUGGGCCCGCAAAGUCCGCUGGACAUGAAGCCCGAUACAGCUAGCCUCAUCAAUCCAGGAAACUUCAGCCCUUCCGGUCCCAAUAGUCCUGGAUCCUUCACCGCUGGUUGUCACAGCAACCUUCUGAGUACGUCGCCGAGUGGACAGAACAAAGCGGUCGCACCCUAUCCGCCGAACCACCCUCUAUCCGGAAGCAAGCACCUCUGCUCGAUCUGCGGUGACCGUGCCAGUGGCAAGCAUUACGGUGUCUAUAGCUGCGAGGGUUGCAAAGGUUUCUUCAAGAGGACCGUACGCAAGGACCUGUCGUACGCGUGCCGCGAAGAGAAGUCGUGCAUCAUCGACAAACGACAGAGAAAUCGAUGCCAGUAUUGCAGAUACCAGAAAUGCCUGGCGAUGGGCAUGAAGAGGGAAGCGGUCCAGGAAGAACGCCAGCGUACCAAGGAGAGGGAUCAGAGCGAGGUGGAGAGCACCAGUAGCUUGCACUCGGACAUGCCGAUCGAGCGCAUCCUCGAGGCCGAGAAACGAGUCGAAUGCAAAAUGGAACAGCAAGGGAAUUAUGAGAAUGCAGUGUCGCACAUUUGCAACGCCACGAACAAACAGCUGUUCCAGCUGGUAGCAUGGGCGAAACACAUCCCGCAUUUUACGUCGUUGCCACUGGAGGAUCAGGUACUUCUGCUCAGGGCCGGUUGGAACGAGUUGCUGAUAGCCUCCUUUUCCCACCGUUCCAUCGACGUGAAGGAUGGUAUCGUGCUGGCCACGGGCAUCACCGUGCACCGGAACUCGGCGCAGCAGGCUGGCGUGGGCACGAUAUUCGACCGAGUGCUUUCCGAGCUUGUGUCGAAAAUGCGCGAAAUGAAGAUGGACAGGACGGAGCUUGGCUGUUUGAGAUCUAUAAUACUCUUCAACCCCGAGGUCCGAGGACUGAAAUCUAUCCAGGAAGUGACGCUGCUCCGCGAGAAGAUCUACGCAGCUCUGGAAGGUUAUUGCCGCGUAGCCUGGCCAGACGACGCUGGAAGAUUCGCGAAGUUGUUGUUACGCCUGCCGGCCAUCCGAUCGAUAGGACUAAAGUGCCUGGAGUACCUGUUCUUUUUCAAAAUGAUCGGCGACGUGCCGAUCGAUGAUUUCCUCGUCGAGAUGCUAGAGUCACGAUCGGACCCUUAG